AUGGAUCCUUCUAGCUUACAAGUAAAGGUUAAUAAAAGAUUACAAAAAGAACUGGGAGAACUUAAAAAUCUUAAUCCACGAAUAAAUUGUAUGGUUAUUGAUGAGCAUGAUAUUUAUCACUUGAAAGCAACAAUACAGGGCCCGGAAGGAACACCGUAUGAAAACGGUCUAUUUGAUCUUGAUAUACGCAUACCUCAAAACUAUCCGUUUAAACCUCCAAAAGUAAGAUUUGAAACCAAAAUUUUACAUCUGAAUAUUAACAAUAAGGGUGAAAUUGGAUUAGAGUUGUUAUAUGACCAAUGGUCACCCAGUAUAAAAAUAGAAGAUAUUUUAUUAAAAAUAUUAUCAUUAAUGUCCAAUCCAGAUAAUGAAUAUCGUAUAACAGAUGAUUUUGAACUUAACGAUAAAGAUCCUAAGCUUUUUAAUAUAAAAGCAAAAGAAUGGACACAAAGAUGGGCACUUCGUUCAACAAUUUCUUCUCCUGAGAAGCAAAAUCAAACGACGAAGGUUUUAGUAUCCCCUACGGAAAAGCAUCAACCCAAACAACAACCUGAGGGCCAGCAGAUGAGAUCUGAACGUGUUGUAUGGUUCUGGAAAUCAAAUUUAAAUCCAUGGUCAACUAUAGAAGAAGAUAGAUGGGAACAAUACUCUGAUGAUGAAAUAUUGAUGUUAGAAAAAGCAGUUAACGAUCAACAACAAUGUGUUUAUUUAAAUGAUUAUAUCAUCGAUUUAGAGAACGGUUUACAUACAAAUAGUAGUGAUGAUAAUAAAGUUCAAAGACCAAUAAAACGACUAGGCUAA